AUGGGUAACCAAAACAGUUGCUGUUGUUACCGCAGUCCGUCACCGAUCAGAAAGGACAUCGUCAAGCUAGAAGACUAUCUUCCAGAAGGUGAAGUAAGCUCCAAUAAUAUUCAGCACAUCAGUGAGAGAGAGCCUGAUGAUGGCGACAUCGACCCUUCUCAAGAUCCCAUCGCUGGAACCAUUUUUAUGGAACGCUCCAAAGCAUCUAUAGAAAAUGGAAUGACCAGAAAACGCAGUCAACAUCAAAUCGCUGAUAAUAAGCUCAAAAAAAGCAGUUCCUGUUCAACUAUUUAUUUAGAUGAUAGUACAGUAUCUCAGCCUAACCUGAAGAACACAGUCAAGUGUGUAGCCCUUGCUAUUUACUAUCAUAUAAAGAACAGAACAUCAGAGCGCAGGUUAGACAUAUUUGAUGAGAAACUGCACCCUCUUAGUAAAGAAGGAGUAAGUGAUGAUUAUGACAAAUAUAACCCUGAGCACAAACAAAUAUACAAGUUUGUAAGAACACUGUUCAAUGCUGCACAGCUAACCGCUGAAUGUGCUAUUAUCACUUUGGUGUACUUGGAGCGCCUUCUAAUAUGUGCUGAGCUAGACAUUGCUCCAUCUAAUUGGAAGAGAAUAGUGUUGGGAGCUAUCUUAUUAGCAAGUAAAGUGUGGGAUGACCAAGCUGUGUGGAAUGUGGACUACUGCCAGAUCUUAAAAGAUAUCACCGUGGAGGAUAUGAAUGAGCUAGAGAGGCAAUUUUUGGAAAUGUUGCAGUUUAAUAUCAAUGUACCAUCUAGUGUAUAUGCUAAAUACUAUUUUGAUCUUCGUACACUUGCUGAAGCCAAUGAUUUGGCAUUCCCCAGUGAACCUUUGAGUAAAGAGAGAGCACAAAAGUUAGAGGCAAUGUCUAGGGUGAUGGAAGAUAAAAUAGCUGCUGAAGUGGUGAAAAAUGGCAUUAAGAAAUGGUCAAGCUUAGACAAUGUCAAUUCAGGUGCUGGCGUGAGGCGAAGUGUAGCCAUAUUGUCAUAA